AUGAUCUUACGAAGACUUGGACCAAUCCCAAUUACUUUACUUUCUGGAUUCUUAGGAGCAGGUAAAACCACCCUUCUAGAACAUAUACUUACUGCUAGUCAUGGAUUGAAAAUUGCAGUAAUUAUUAAUGAUGUUUCCAAGUUGAACAUUGAUGCUGCAUUACUUCAAAACCAUAAAGUAACUAACAAAGAAGAAAAAUUAAUUCAAUUACAAAAUGGUUGUAUAUGUUGUACAUUAAGAGGUGAUUUACUUGAAGAAUUGGUAUCCUUGGCUAAAUCUAAGGCUUUCCAGUAUAUUGUAAUUGAAUCAACUGGUAUAUCUGAACCUAUGCAAGUUGCUGAGACUUUUACUACUGAAUUCAGUGAAAUGCUUUUAAAUUCACAAGAGGAAAUGGAUGAGAACGAAUCUAAAAUAUUAAAAGAAAUUAUUAGCAAAGGUGGAUUACACAAGCUAACUAAAUUAGAUACUUGUGUAACUAUGAUAGACGCUUUAAACUUUUUCAAUAAUCUUGAAACAAUUGAUUUCUUAAUUGAUAGGUAUGGAGAUCAUGGAUCUGGAGAACAAGAAAGAACAAUAACAGAUUUACUUAUUGAUCAAAUUGAAUUUGCCGAUGUGAUUAUUAUUAACAAAGUCUCAACUGUUUCCAAGGCUAAGUUAAAGAGAAUUGAAAAAAUGAUUCAUACAUUAAAUCCAGUAGCCAAAAUCAUUAAAACGGAUUAUGCUAAAGUAGAUAUUAAACAAGUUGUGAAUACCAAGUUGUUUAAUUUCGAUAAAGCUCAGACUUCUGCUGGUUGGUUACAAAGUCUUAAUGAAAUGACAGUUAGACAAGGAUUUGGAACUAAAAAUAAAAGCACAGUGACUCCUAAACCAGAAACUGAAGAAUACGGCAUUAAUAACUUUAUUUAUAGAGCGAAAAGACCAUUUCAUCCAGAAAGAUUAUUUGAUGUUAUAAAGGAUAAGUUUGUUAUCAUCGAAAGAUCACUGCCAAAUGAGCUGAAUGAGGACCAAAAUGACUUAGAAGGUGCAACAGAACAAGAAGAAAACGAUGAAGAAGCAGAGAGUGACGAAGAAGAAGAAAGUGUAGACGAAGAAGAAGAUGAAGAUGAAGAUAUUGCUACUGCCGAAAAGGAGUAUAUUCAUAAUAAGAAGAAAUCGGCUUUUGGUCCUGUGUUAAGAUCUAAAGGUUUUAUUUGGUUAGCUUCUAGAUACAUCAGUAGAGGCGAAUGGUCUUCAGCAGGUUCAAUGUUGACCAUUAAUGGAGGUAUUCCAUGGUUUGAUGUAAUAGGAAUUCCACCUACCACCAAAGAAGCAGCUAAACUAAUUAAAGAAGAAUUGAAACAAAAAUACGGUGAUAGACGGAAUGAAAUUGUAUUCAUUGGUUUAAACCUUAAUCCUACUAAAAUCACCAAACUUAUGGAUUCUUGUUUAGUGACCGACGAAGAACUUGAGCAAAUGGAUAAAGUAUUGAAAUCAGAGAAGAAAUUAAUCAAUAUUGAGAGGAAAUUGCAAAAGGUCUUUGCUGAUGGAUUUGAAGAUUGGAUCGUUUUGGAUGAUGAACCUGAAGCUCAGGAGGAGAAGUCAAUUGAUAAUCACAAACACAAUCAUAAACAUCGUAAAUAGUCG